GGUACCUACUGUAGGCCCUUACUAGGUACCUAGUGCAUCACUUAACCCCACCCCCAAAUCUUGCCAGCGGUUGCUAGGUGAACAACUUUGGAAGACCAUCGCUACACUACUAACAUACAUCAUCAAUGCUCUACUACCUAAUGUAAGGGGAAACUCCAACCGCUUCAAGACGAAGAUCCCAAGGCGACGGUCUACAGCAAUCAAAUCGGGUGUUCGACAUGAGCGAUCGCAAUGCCCUUGUUGCAACCUGGAUCUGCAGUCUGCCCGAGAAUGUAGCCAAAGACAUCGGCGCUCCUUCGAUAACAACGAAGAAAAGAAAGCGACCACCACAGCUCACAAGUCCUCCUGCUUCAGUCCAAGAAGAGAUGCCAUCGACACCCAAGAAGAGACGUCGGAUGAGUGCCACAGAUCCCGAAACCACCCCUCGCCCUCGUAUCCCAGGCAGCUCGAUUCCCAGAAGCAACACCGCCGGCUCAACAACAUCCUCGUCGCAUACGUCGCAUAUAUCGUCCCGUGCCUCAUCGCCCAAAAAACAGAUGUUGAAUCUCCGACUACACGAACCCGUCCUUGAAUUCAACGCCCUUAGCCUGAACCUGAAUGCGCUGCCGCCUGCUGCCCGCGAACUCGUCGAGGCAAUGACGGAGAUUGGGAGUAACCAGGACAUCUUGCCUCAUGCUGCCAAGUCAAGCAUCAUGGAAUCUGUCAACGCCCGUGAUCCUAUGCCACGGCUCUGGAGAUAUGCUUUCAAGUCUGCCGAAGACGACGGCGAUGCGCUAUUGCCCCGUCGCAUCCCUUGUUUCCGGGAAGUUGAAAAGAUAUGCAGGAAGGCGAACGAAUGCCAACAAUAUGACCACGAAGAAGUCAGCUGGAACUGUAGUGUUCACGCACGUUUGCUGGAGCUCAUAUUGGAAGACGAAGAUGGACGGCCAUGCAGCGAGUUUGACGCAAUGAUCUGUACUACUGUCCGCCUACAUCCCGUCUGGAAGCCCAUCUGGUCUCCGGGCAAGAUGAUCGAUAUAUGCCUGUAUCAUAUCUCAACAUCCCAAGACGGGAACGAAGACCUGCACGCCAAGAUUACCCAAUUGAGCCGCCUCACUCCCACCGGCACCAUCAACCAUACUGACUUCUACCCUGUCAGCAUGCGGCCUAUAGUAUUGAGCAUCGAGACUAAGAAGCCCGGCGUUCAUUGGGAAGCCGCACAGCUUCAGAUUGGCAUCUGGCAUGCUGCACAAUGGGCAUUCCUGCGGUGGGCUGUAGUGGACAAGCUGCGAAGGCAAUCCAUCAACGACAACGGUCAAGGAGAAGGGGAGGGCGAUGGCGGCAACGGCAUAGUGGACAAGUCUCAAGCACAGGCAGCAGAAGCAGUGCAUGAUGCCAUAGAGGUUGAAGUGCUUUCGGUCAUGUCUAAGCUUGGCUUCAUUCCAGGCGUUAUUGUACAGGGCCAUCGAUGGCAUCUUGUUCUUUCUACAUAUGAAGACCGGAAGACCAAGCUAUGGGCUGACCGCCAGUUUGGCUCGACGCAGACUUGCUUAGAGUCGUAUUCUGUUAUUGCUGGUAUAAGGCGGCUAACAGCGUGGGCUAGGGAUAUAUAUUUACCAUGGUUUAAGUUAUAUAUUCUAGAUAAUGAUUAACACAAUACCUAAUUCUUACUAUGGGUACCCAACCCUGCUACUG